AUGGCCCCCUACGAUUCUUUGUCACAGUCCGAUGAUGAACUGUUUAAUCCUGCCUACAAGCACCCUCAUGAAACAGUCGAGACCCUCCCUCUUCGACGACCCGGCAUGAGCGAUGCUGACGAUUCUGAAAUGGAGACGAUGGCGACCUUGCCACUACCAGACCGACGAAACUAUCUCGGUCAAAAUGGGAACACGAGUCGACAAACGCAGCCAACUCAGAUCAUUGAUCGAUCCUCCCCUGAUAUGCCCUCGUCUCCUCCUAAAACAGGAGUUGUUCAAGUCGCCGCCUCGUCGCCCGCGACGGCGAUGAUGACGAACCGGAAACCGACAAGCAUUCUUGCCAGUGCUAUGGCACCCGCAGGAACGACAUUCAGAAGACCAUAUGUGCCCUUUCAGCCGCGUCCCGAACCCAUUACAAUUGACAGUGACGACGAAGGACCAACAUAUCAAGGAGGCUCUUCAGAUAGUGAGGGAUUAAGUAUUCGAACAAAUGACAUCAAGACCUCAACAUUUGUACGGAAGACUCAAUCUACAGAAAAGAUACCCGAAUCGCCUCAGGCAUAUACCAACGGACGGAACCGGUUUAUGGAAAUCACUGCAAGAUCUAUGUUUCGAGGUUUGCCAAAUUCAAACUUGUCCGCUGGGUCUCGUGCAACCAAACGGUCUGCCGACGUCAAUGCGAAUGCCUAUGGCAAUGUCUCGAAGCGCCCCCGACAAACUGCGCCAUCCCGUGCGUUAUCAGUCUCGACUCAGAAAAGCCCGCCAGAGAUGGAAUUGGAUGAUAUCAGCGAUUACAACAUGAGACAGAAGGUCCGGCGCAUGACAUCGAUGCUUAGUCUGGUAUCAGUACGAGAAUGUUACGAAAUGCUCCUAAAUAAGAGAGGAAACUACGACGACGCAAUUAACGAACUUCUCCAGACGAGUGAGAAACGGCAAGACGGCAACAGGAAAGCAAUCGAUUUGAUAGGGUCAGAAGAUGAAUUAAUGCCCACUCCCGCGGCUCGAAAACUCGCAGCAAGCCCUCCGACGAAUACGGCCAGACAGCAAGCCAAGGCGCCCCAGAAGUCCAUUGCGGAGAAAUGGAGCUCGGCCCAGAAUAUCAAGAAACCUCCCAAGGCAAUUGAUGUUUUCGACAUCCCCCCGCCUCAGAAAAAGAGGACACUUGUGCGUGGACGCAAACAUUCUUCCUCCCCGCUGCUAGAGCAUGUGGUUACCAAACCGGUGCGCGAGGCUGUUCCAGCCAUUCAAUUAGAUGACUCCGACGCAGAUGAGCGGGCAGCUAGUUCAGACGAUCAUUCCAACACCACCUUCCGAGCGCGCUUACUUGAUCUAUUCAAUACUUGCUCGGCUGCCGACUUGAUAGAUAUGACUUCAAUCAACCGCGACCUCGCGGAACAUAUUGUCUCCCAGCGCCCUUUUGCGACCCUAAAAGCUGUCGAAAAAAUUCAGGAUCCAAACCUCAAGCCUGUCAGGGGAAAGAGGAAAACCACUCCAAUAGGCGAGAGAGUCUGCGAGAAGGUUGAGGCAAUGCUCCAAAGUUACGAAGCAGUGGAUUAUCUUGUCAAUAAAUGUGAGAACCUGGCCAAACCCUUAGCCGCGGAGAUGAAGAAUUGGGGUAUCAACCUAUACGGCGCGCAAGACGGGGAGACGAACAUCGUUUCCCUACCAGAGACUCAGCGAACAAGUCACGAGUCUGGAAUGGGCACGCCAGUAAGCGACGAGGAUCGUGACCCGGCCAUCAAGACACCUGGAUCAAAGAGAUUCAUCGGCCAGCCAUCCAUCAUGUCCAAGGAUAUACAGAUGAAAGACUAUCAAGUUGUCGGGGUGAACUGGCUCAAUCUACUGUACCGGAAAGGAUUAAGCUGCAUCUUGGCGGAUGACAUGGGCUUGGGAAAGACAUGCCAGGUCAUUGCAUUCUUAGCCCACCUUUUCGAGCAGGGUCACAAAGGACCGCAUCUUGUUGUCGUACCGGCGGCGACUCUCGAGAAUUGGCUGAAGGAGUUCAAGCGCUUUUGCCCAGCAUUGACCGUCGAACCAUAUUAUGCGUCCAACCCUCCCGAGCGGGCGAUACUGAGGGAGAAUCUCGAAGAAAUCCGGGUCAAUCUCAAUGUCAUUGUUACAACUUAUACCAUCGCCAAAGGCAAAGAAGAUUCUCCCUGGCUGAGGAAUUUUGGAUUCGACUGCACCGUGUACGACGAAGGACACAUGUUGAAGAACGCCGAUUCUCAAGUCGCGCGUAAACUGGUGAAGAUUCAGUCCGACUUUCGCUUAUUGCUCACGGGGACACCGUUGCAAAAUAAUUUGAAGGAACUGAUUAGUCUCCUGGGCUUUCUCAUGCCAUCCUUCUUCAAGGAGAAAGCCGAGGCGCUGAGCAGUAUAUUCACCCAUAAUGUCAGGGCCAUGGACAGUAACCAUGAGGCGUUACUCUCUGCAGAGAGAAUCAAAAGAGCAAGAAGCAUGCUUACGCCUUUCAUCUUAAGACGCAAAAAGAUUCAGGUCCUGAAAGAAUUGCCCAAGAAAGAGCGGCGAGUGGAGCUCUGCGACUUGACUCCGGAGCAAUCGGAGAUUUAUCAGUCCUGGCUUGAUAAAGCGUACAGCAUCCGGGAAAGAAGAGAAAAGGGAGAAAAUGUCACCAAUGAGUCAACCAAUAUCCUCAUGAGACUGAGAUUGGCUUCGAUCCAUCCUCUCCUCUUUCGUCGAUUCUACCCUGAUGCAAUUCUGCCGGCUAUUGCCCGGCAGUGUCUGAAGGUAGACAUGUGGCGGGACUCAAACCCCGAUUUGAUUGUGACGGAACUGGAAGCUUACUCAGAUAUGGAAAUCCAUACCUUGUGCGAUCAGCACUCGCAGCUAGAGCGAUUUACUCUCAACAAUCGUGAGUGGUUGGCCAGUGGGAAGGUCCAAAAGAUGGUCGACCUGUUACGCAAGUUCAUAUCAGGGGGGCAUAGAACAUUGAUCUUCAGCCAAUUCGUCCUGGUUCUUGAUAUUCUCGAACUGGUCCUCGAACGCGAAGCUAUAGACUAUUUCCGACUUGACGGCAACACCAAGGUCUCUGAACGACAAGAUUUGAUCGAUGAAUUUUCGGCCGAUGACAAUCACACCCCUGUAUUCAUGCUCAGUACCAAAGCUGGUGGAGCGGGCAUCAAUCUUGCAAAGGCAAACAAAGUGAUCGUCUUUGAUAGCGGUUUCAAUCCUCAGGACGACAUCCAAGCUGAGAACCGGGCGCAUCGGAUUGGGCAAGAAAAGGAAGUCGAGGUGGUCAGGUUGGUGUCUCGAGGGACUGUGGAAGAACAAAUUCACGCGAUGGGCCUGACAAAAUUGAGACUCGAUGAGCAGGUUGCAGGUGACGGAACGGAGGAAAAGCCGCCGAGAAAAGAGGGUGAAGAGACCGAGAAAGAGAUCGAAGGACGAAUGAUGGUGGAGGAAAUGUUCUUCAAGAAACUCGAGGAAGAACCGAUUGAGAAAGUCAAGGCAGAGGCUGCAAGUCCUGUGAAAGCAAAAUUGCCUGUGGAAACUUUGGGCCCGGGAAACGCGCUGGCGAGACAGCCGAAAACAGAAGAUGAUGAAGAGCCGUCACCCAGUCGAAGAGGAAGUGACGACCUACCAACUCGCACCAGAACAAUUCGGAAUGUCAAAGCAAAGACCAAAGGUCAAAAGUGA